AGCGCAGCGGCAGUCGCACGCGACGGACACGCAUCUAACAGCACACGCGCCACGGACCUUGGACCUCACCGCUAGCAGUUACAGGGUUAGGACGCUCCGUUCGCCCAGGCCUACCGAGUGCACCCCCCGGCGAGCAGUCCCCCAGCUUCCUGAGCCGACCACCCGCUUCCUGUCAUCGAGCGUCGCUGCGGAACGCGAUGCUCCGAUCGUGACGGCCGAAUCGCUGACGACGCGAGAGUACGCCGCCAAGGUACUGUUACGACUAAAACACGGAGAAACGAGGCCAUCGCCUUGAUGUUGUUGAGAUAACCUAGGUCUUGCUGAUGCACGGUAAGCAGCGAAAUAAAACGACAGAUCCGCAACAUACUGGCUUAUUUGGAUUUCACAUGGUUUGUAUAGCGGACGCUUUGACACGAAGGGUUCCUAUCGGUGCAGCAUGCGGUCAGGGGAGGUGUUCGCCUGUUCGCCGGACGACGCGGCGGACUGCGACAGCGUCGGCGUCGACGUGGGCGGCGCCGUCUGGCCGGACGACGAUGAGGAGCUGGAGCUGGACGUCGAGCUGGAGGUGGACGACGCCUCCAUGGAGUCCGGCGGCAAGCGCGGCAAGAUGCGCCAAGAUUCGUGGGACAGCUCCGGAUCGGAAGGGGGCCCCUCGUCCCGCAAGCAGACACCUCGGCCCCGUCGCAAGGGCAGCCUCGGCAGCAGCGGAGGCGGCGGGGGCGGCGGUGGUGGCGGCGGCGGCGGGGGCGGCGCAGGUGGCGGCCGGCGGCGCAAGUCGGGCAUUUCUGCCAGGGAACGUAACCUGCGCAGGCUCGAAAGCAACGAGCGAGAGCGCAUGCGCAUGCACUCGCUCAACGAUGCAUUCGAGCAAUUACGGGAAGUCAUACCACACGUAAAGAUGGAGAGGAAAUUAUCGAAGAUUGAAACGCUGACCUUAGCCAAAAACUACAUAAUGGCGUUAACUAACGUCAUCUGCGAGAUGCGGGGCGAGGAGAAACCUUACACGUUCUUCGACGUCGAAUGUGCCUCAAACGAGAGCACCAACGGCAACAACAGCGCCGGAGAGCCGGAAGACAUGGAGCCCAACAACAACUCGCUCUACCAGGAGAACCUGGAGCCCGUGUCCGCGCUCUGACGCCGCCGGCCGCGCACCGCCCCUCCACGCAGUCCAUAGUUACCGGCACGCUGGCCCAGCCGCCUGCCACCGCCGCACGCACCUGCCAGUGUUGGCCCACGACCCAAGUGCCUUACUGUUAACGUGCUCAUACUCAACAUUCCAGCUCCAAGACUGUGGUUCACAGCAGUGCAAACAUAACUAGAAGUCAGUCGUUUAAGUGGAUUUUUUUUUAAGUGCUUGCAUUGUGAACCGUAAACUUCUCUUCUAGAAACAGCUGAGUGCGCGAGUAUUAAACUGUGGUGUGCUGUGUUUCGGUAGCAACGAACCUUUUCGAAGCAUCAGCAGCACCAGAGGGAGUUGUGUGAAUUUUCGCACUCUUUACGGAGACCUGUAUCGAGGAAAAUGUGCUCACAGAAACUAUGCUAGAAAUAAGAAUAGUCUUUAGUUAUUAUAAGAGUGUUUAAUGUUCUUUACCUACAUUGGGUACAUGAAUAUUUUUAUAUACGUGAUACUUAAUACUUGGUACAUUAUAUUAAUGACUUUGUAUUAGCUCUUCUCAGCAACUCCAACAUCAAUUGAGUAGCUAUUGUGCAAUCGUGUAAGAUCUACAGGGUGCGAUUUGAAGGUGAUGAAUGAAAUACUUAUUACUAUUCCGCUUACAAGUUAGCGGUGGAAUAUUGUAUAAAGCAGAUAAACUCGUAAUUUAAUAUAAUCCUGCCAUGAGAAAUGUAUAGAUCGUAGUUUAUGUGUCCUUCUGUGUAAGAGAUCAUAGUAUGCUAACCUACAAAAUGUGUUAUAGAAACAAGGGGAAGUCAUUAACGCCCUGCUACUUGAUCUGCAGAUCAGUACUUUCACUUUUCAGAAAUGACAAAGUGUGCAAAAAAUCAAGUUACCGCAAAUGCUGAUGCAAAAUAUGUCGUCAGAAAGGGACUGUACCCUCUUCGAUCACACGUAAAAUCCAUCCAUAUGUGGUGCCAAACCAAACGUGAUUUCUUCUCAUUAAAACUGAAUUCAUACAGUU